CCUUUCGUGAGUGAUGGUUAGUUUUUUAUAGUAUCGAACGAACAAAGCGUCUGAAUAAGUGAAUUUGUGACGUCAAAUUAAAACAUAAUCGAAGAAAUCUGGCAACAAUGAAAGCAAAGUGGUAUUUCGUGACACUUUUCUUGGUUGGCAUAUUGUGUCGAAUCAACGGAAUUUCACUAUCAUCAUCGACAUCAAGAGUUGACGAGCCGAAAAAAUUAUGCACGUCCACAUAUCCAAAGCUUAACUCACUGCCGGGCAACGGUUGGUGGAGUUUACGGAACAUUGAAAUGAAUCCAGUUUUUUCCAUCACCUACAACAAAUGCCAGAUCUUGGAAACUCCGACUGGAAAUUACUUACUUCCGGACCACUUGCAUAUAACGCCUAAAUCCGAGAGUGACAUCGACACAACUCAAGAACUCAUUGAAAGCUAUCAGAAAUUCAUCAGCACUACUUCAAGUUCGAUGAGUGCCAGUGCGUCUGGAGGAUAUGGAAAGUUUUCGGCGCAAGGCACAUUCUCAUCAGAGUACAAACAUAUGAAGAAAAAUCAAGUCAUUAAUAAGUCAGUGACGUCUAGAAUCUGUGGGCGAUAUGUUUUGCAUGCAGCCAGAUUUGACGAAUACACGGUUGAACUUCAUCCCGACCUUAAGGUCAAAUUACUGGAUGCUAUCGAUGCAAUUGAGAAUGGUCAUCUGACAAAGGCUUCACUCAUCUUAGAGAUGACAAUCCUAUCACAUGGCACGCAUGCGGUAACAGGCAUCGAUCUCGGUGGUGUGAUCGUGAAGGAAGAUUACCUUUCCGCAGCAUACGUAUCGAAUAACGACAUGAACGAACUCGGGCUGACCGCUUCAGCAUCGAUAGGAUUUGCCGAUUUUUUCAACAUGAAAUGCUCCUAUUCAAAAGCGGAUUAUACGGAUCAGUACAGCCAAUACACCAAAAAUACCAAAUCGACCAAAAUCAGUAGUCACGGUGGACAGCUCAUCGAUUCAGCUAUGUUAAACAUAUCAACUUGGGUAGAAUCAGUUCCCAGUUAUCAAACGGCAGUCGACCGAUCGGGAGUCGCUCUACCAUAUGUGAUUACGCCGAGACAUUUUCCCCACGUAAAUCAAACCACUUUGGCAGUACUUCGUCGUGAAUUUACGGAAGCCAUCGAACAUUUCAAUGCGGUCAACAUCCGUAUUGGUUGCAUGAAUCAAUUCUCACCGAAUUUCGAUUACAAUGCAAACAUUGGGGAUAAGUCUUGUAACGCACCACCAACCAAUUACAGCCUCGGUGGCUUCUUUCAAAACUGUCAUUGCACUGGCGACAAUAAUUGUGCUUCUUUGUGUGCAAAUCGAACUGUCACGAAUUUUCUCACUGGCGAAGCUACCUGUCCAGAAAAUUUCACGCCAGUUUUCCUGAAUGAAAAGAAGUUUAGUGCUACUCGAGAACAGUGUUGGCAAGACUGUUAUUGCUUUCUGUUUUGUUUUUGCGACACGAAUUGUGAAACGAUCAACAUUGACUAUGGGUACGAAACCUACUGGUGUGCUGCCAAUGUCUAUCCAGUUCCCGAGAAGAGCGGACUAAUGUUCGGUGGAGUUUUCACUUCCACAGCAAUAAAUCCAGUUACGGGCAGCAAAAAUUGUCCACCAAACUUUUCCGAAGUUUCCAUCUUGCAAGAUCUCACAGUGUGCGCGAGUAACGAUUACGAAUUCGGAUACAAAUACUCGAUUCCGUUUGGUGGCUUCUUUAGUUGUCGCGCAGGGAACCCGCUAGCUUCAAUUUCGUUAUCGAACGAGAAAAAUGCAAAACUGCUGCUUACUGCAAGCAAAGCGACCUGCGGUGAUGGCUAUUCACAACAUGCAGCUGCAAUCGACAAUGAUUGCCUGAUCAAUUAUUGUGUCAAAGCAAAUUCAUUCGGCUUCGGCCAGAACGAAAUACCAAUUCAAUUGCCACCGUUCCAAAACUACGAUGAAAUGUUUGCUGAAGAAGAAACGAAGCAGUUGCCGGUCGUUAUCAAUAGGUCGUCUGUUGUGAGCAUCGUUCUGGGUACUUUGCUUGGGUUUGUGGUUCUAGCCAAUGUGUUGUUCGUUGCAGUGAAGUGCUUCCUUCGACGCAGACGAUCGCGAGCCGAAGAUAAUGAACGCAAAUCGUUACUUGGAAAUACAGCCACCACAUCAGAAUAUGAAAGUAUAUCAGGCGAUGUCGGUGACGCUUAGUAAGACUUUCGAUAGCUGUGAGAAGCUAAAACACACUUUCCAUCAAAAUAAAUUUAUAUUUGUA